AUGACUCUGUGGGAUGGUGUGCUGCCCUUCUACCCUCAGCCCCGGCAUGCGGCCGGCCUGAGCGUCCCACUACUCAUCGUCAUUCUCGUUUUCUUGGUCUUGGCCGCCAGCUUCCUGCUCAUCUUACCCGGGAUUCGUGGCCACUCGCGAUGGUUCUGGUUGGUGAGAGUUCUUCUCAGCCUGUUCAUAGGAGCAGAAAUUGUGGCGGCGCACUUUAGCGCAGAAUGGUCAGUCGGCAGCGUUAGCACCAAAACAUCCUACAAGGCCUUCAGUGUGGAACUCGUCCGAGCCCACGUCGGUCUGCAUGUGGGCCUGGAGGGCGUUAAUAUCACACUCACAGGGACCCCCGUGCAGCAGCUGAACGAGACCAUCGACUACAACGAGCAGUUCAUCUGGCGGGUGGGCCAAAACUAUGCCGGGGCGUACGCGGAGGCCCUGGAGAAGGGGCUGCCGUACCCGGUUCUCUAUCUGGCGGAGAAGUUCAGUCCGAGCAGCCCCUGCGGCGUUUACCGCCAAUACCGCCUGGCGGGACACUACGCCUCGGCCACUCUAUGGGUGGCCUUCUGCUUCUGGCUCCUCUCCAACAUGCUGCUCUCUAUGCCGGUUCCACACUACGGAGGCCUGGCUCUCCUCAUCACCGGCGCCUUCGCGCUCUUCUCGGUGUUCUCCUUCGCCUCUAUCUCCAGCGUGCCUCUCUGCCAGCUCCGCCUCGGCUCCUCCGAGCUCACCACUCACUAUGGCGCAGCCUUUUGGAUCACGCUGGCCACUGGCGUCCUAUGCCUCCUCCUCGGAGCCGCGGUGUUGAGUCUGCACUACGCUCGGCCCAGCGCUCUUCGCCUCUUCUUGGAAGGAAGCGUCAAGGACCUCGAAAGUCCGACGAAGGAGAGCUCGCCUCUCAUCCUCAGCAACCCACUGCAUAAGCAGUUCAGGGCCUCGGACUUAACCAUCAGUACUAACCUGUGA